AUGGCGUCCUCCACCAUGCCUCCUCCUCCCACCCCUUUUGCUCAUCGUCGUACUCCUCGACUCAUCACCAAGGGUCUUUCUCCGUCUUCCCCCGCUUCGACAGAGUCAUCAGCAUGCAGCUUGCAUAAGAUGUCCCUGUCCAAGGGCGCAACUUUCCACUACUCGUCCUCGCCGGCCACUGAGGAUGACCCGGUGCUCAGCAUCCCUCACCUGACUCGUCGCUCUCCAACAUGCUCUCAAUCCACUCUCACUAGCUGGCUUUCCGAAAAGGAAGACGUAGCUCAGUCUAUCGCCGACUUUGAACAAACCUUCUCCGGCGCCCGAGGCAGAAAGACAUCCAGCCGUCGUCGCUCAACCCAACUGCUUGACCAACAGGUCUGGGUUCGUCGCGUCUCACUACCAUCAGACGAAGGCUUGGGUUCAUCGAUCAGCCCCGCCAGUGACAAAGGUCUAGCCAAGUCCUUUGAAAGAGCUUUGGAUUUGUUGUCGAACAGGGACAGUGGGCUGGGCACUUCCAUCAGUGACUCAGCCGAGAAAGCCGUGGGAAACACCGCCGAAGACGACGGUCUUGCACCAGCAAUUCAAGGUUGGAUUGCCCGCUGCAUAUUGAUGUGUACAGACAGUGUUAACCAACCGCCUACAGUAGCUGACUCUCCAGACACUUCCACUCGGCCCACUAGGCCACGAGGCAGUCUCCCCUCUAGGACUUCCAGCACCGUUACCCGGUCCGCUGUCACGCAGAGCAUUGCUCCUCCCGCUUCUCGACCUACCCUGCGUCAUCCUGCAUUGAGUCCUUCCGCUCGGAAGAAGAUCAAGGACUAUAUAAUCACACCCAUCCUCCGAGAAGACCGCUUUGAGGACUUUCAUCCUCUUGUCACUGCUCUUGGAUCCAAGAACAACAAGGCUGUCAGAUGCCUGCGUGACCUUGAACAAAGCCUCAUCUUCCAGCCACUGGUAAGCACCCUCACCGCCACCACCAGACUCCUGACACAAUCUGACGUCGAUUACAAGACCCUUGCCAUCUCAAGGCAAUUGUACCGCGUCUUUGGCGAGUUUACGAUCCAGCUUGUUGUCGAUACAUAUCAACAUCUUGCUGAGUCUGAACAACGCCGUGCUGCCGACCGGCCAUACGACAACGGUUACUUCCUUGACUUGGUCCAACAAGUCAACCGACUAGCUGCGCAUAUCGGUUCUUCCAGUCGCGCUCAGCAGGCGGGCACUGCUGAGGAAGACGACGAUAUGGCUUACUCCAUCGAUGAUGAGGUCACCCUUGAGGGUGGCCUCGGCGAAACUGGCAAUGAAGCCGAGCUCGUUCGCUGGAAGAACGGCAAGGGCUACUCUCUCAGGACUGGUCUGCCUUACGCGCCCACUCCAGGGGUCAAGAGAGCGAGCAGCGAGGCUCUCGAUGAAGAUGUGGCAAGGUCCAUGGCCCGCAGAAAGAAGGGCUACAUCCCCGAGAUCGUCGAGAUGAAGUGCUCCGACCCUACUUGCGACAAGAUCUUCACGAGGAAAUGUGACCUGGCCAAACACGAAAAGACUCAUUCUCGCCCUUUCAAGUGUCCCGAGACGAGCUGCAAGUACCACGAGCUCGGUCUUCCGACCGAGAAGGAACGGGAGCGCCACAUCAACGACCGUCAUUCCAAAAAUCCUGUCUACUAUAAGUGCGAGUUCUGUGAGUUCCGCACUAAGCGCGAGAGCAAUUGCAAGCAACAUCAGGAAAAGAAACACGGCUGGCACUAUGAGCGCGCCAAGGGCAAAGACAAGGCUGUCACGAAGAUGACACCAGCUCAAACUCCACGAACCCCCAGCAUGGAUUACUCCCCCAGUCCAGCUGUAUCUAUUAGAACUUGGGACGAUGCCAGUUCCGUUGCAGGAAGCAUUGCUGGAAGUAUGCCAGGUAGCAGUUCCAUGACACCAUUUGAGCAGCCAGUCAACGCCUUCGACAACUUCAACUCGACGCCCGUCACUUAUUCGAACCCAAUCUUCCCGCGGAAUCCCCCAGCAGCGCCAUACAACCCCAUGGGAGAUGAUUUCGACUUCAACGCCCCGUUCCAGGGCUCUUAUCAGCCUGCUCAAUAUCCCAACAUGAUGACCACACCCAUCACACCAACCUACAGCAACAUCACCGAGCCAUCUCCAUACAACACUGCAAUGGAUAUCACAAUUGAUUGCAACAACCAAACUUCCUGGAACCAAGGGUUGCCGACACCGAGUUCUUACUUCCAGCCGAAUUCUCGCAACCCCUCCAUCUCGGAGCAUUCUCCCAUGAUUGCUGGCCCCUCUGGGCAGUCAUUCAAUGACGCCCCGUUGAUUGCCUCGGACCCAGAAUUUCCUCAGAAUGACUUCUCACUGUUUGGAGGUGAAGGCAGCAGCGCGUUUUCCAACCCUGCUGCCGCCACAGCGACUUUGUUCCCAGGUGGUCCUGAGGCCUUCGCCACUCUUGACAACGACCCCAUGUUCGCUUCAGCCUGGAACGAUAGCGAUUUUAUCGAUUAUGACAUGAACAACUAG